CCAUUUUCUUUAAAAAUCUGAUUGUGGGACGUUCAAAAAGAGGAUGUGGCCACAACAACAAUUUGUGGCUCACAUGGGACUCGACUGGAUUCUGGAUAAUAUUGGAAAUGAAACAAGGAAACAAGUGAAUGCGAGAUGGUUGUGGGAGGAUUUUAGGCUGAAGAUAGGGGAAGGGAAAGGUGUUAAAUUCUGGUGGGAUUCAUGGUGCGGGGAGGAGUGUCUAGCCAACAAAUUCCCCAGAUUGUAUUUACUGUCAACAGGGAAAGGAAAAGAAUGUCAUGAAAUGGGUAAUGCGGAGAGGGACACAUGGAAAUGGAAUAUAACAUGGAGACGGAAAUUGUUUGAAUGGGAAGAAGAAGCAGCUCGAGAACUAAAAGGGAUGAUUGAAAAAGUGAAGAUCACACCAGGCUGCCCAAAUAGAUGGGAAUGGAGGCAUAGCAAGGAAGGCCAAUAUUCAACAAAAAUAGCUUAUCAAAGGCUUUCAAUGCCAAGGAAGAACCCAGAGGAAGAAAAAAUCUUCAAAAGGGUGUGGAGUCCCAUCGUCCCUAGUAAAGUGGCCGCGUUUAAUUGGAAAACAUUGAUGGACAGAAUCCCAACCAAGUUAAAUCUGAUCAAAAGGGGAGUUAUCAAAGAUAUGGCUGAAAGGAAUUGUGUCUUUUGCGAGGAAGAGACCGAAGAUGCUGACCACCUGUUCUUAAAAUGCAGAGUAGCUAGAAGAUUGUGGCAAGCAUGCGCAAACUGGUGGGGAACAAACUUUACACUUCACAGAGAUUGCUGGACAACAUUUCAACAGUUUGGGACAUGGACUUCAAAACCACACAUUUCAGAAGGGUGGGACUGCAUUUGGAACACAGUUUUGUGGACUAUAUGGAUGGCACGAAACGGGAAGGUUUUUCAUGACUCAAAGGUAAACAAAAGCAAUCUUUUUGAACUUAUUCAGUUGAGAUCUUUUGCUUGGGUUAAAGCAAGGAAAGCUAGGUGUUAUUUCAGUCUUUCGGAUUGGAUGAUUGAUCCUACUUCGUGUCUGUUAGUAAAUUGUAGACGAAAGUAGUAAUGAUUUGAAAGAUAGCAGUAACACUGAAGGGCUGGCUUUUGGUAUGUGUUGUAAGGGUUUGAGUACCCCUUGUACUCAAUUUUUUCAUCAAUGAAUUAUCCAUUUGCUG